AUGUCCCUCCACAAAUCCACCCUCCGAUUCCUCCGCCCUGAGCUCACCCUCCACACAAAAUGCUUCCUGCGCCCUUCGCCUCGAUCUAGCCCCCUCCUCACCCGCACCCCCACCCGCACUCAAACCAUCUCGUCGAAAGCCCAGCCCCAAAAGCGCGCCCCCGUCGACCCUAUAACCCUCCACCGCCUCGAAGCCGAACGCCGUGCCUACUACAAGCGACGAUCCUACUACGCCGGCGCGGGCGUCGUCAUCGGCAUGAUCGCCAUCUACGUAACCGCGAUACAGGUCCCCCUUACCCACAACCUCGACUCUUUUCCGGGCCGCGCUUCUGACCCCCUCGUGGCAUUAGGCCGCGAGCGGAAGAUCGUCGUGCAGAAGCUCGGCGAGGAGCCCGAGGAGGUCCCCGAUGUGGUGAAGACGGGUACGAGCACCAUCCCGACGUUCCCGCGCGUACUGGAGUUCGUGGAUGAUGAGAGGGUGGACCUUCCGGAAGGAGGGGCCGAGGUUCGAGAGUUGAUGGAUGAGUACCAGUUACUGGGGCUGGGGGUGCGGACUGUGACGUUCUUGGGCGUGGAAGUAUACGUGGUGGGGAUCUACGUCGCGACGGAUGAUAUUGCAGCCUUACAGCGAGCUUUCAUUGCGCAGAUUGCUAAAGGCGCAAGUAGUCUUGUGAAGGGGGAGAAAGAGGAGUUGAAGAGGAAGUUGUUUGAUAAGGAGGAGGGGGUGAGGAUCUGGAGUGAGGUUUUGGAACAGGCCGGCGUGAGGACGCUGGUGAGGAUCGUGCCGUGCAAGAAUACAGAUUUUAAGCACCUAAGGGAUGCCUGGGUGAGGAGUCUCACCAACAAGGCGAAUUCAGAUGGGGAAAGGUAUGGGGACGAGGCAUUUGGUGAAGGGGUGGCGGAGUUGAAGAAGCUGUUAAACCGAGGUAGCAUGCCGAAGGGGAAAGAGCUGCUGCUUUCGAGGGAUGGGAAGGGCAGGAUGGCCGGGUGGUAUGAUGAUGGGAAGACGGGAGCUGUGAGGUUGGGGAGUGUAGCUGAUGAGAGGAUAUCGAGGGUGGUCUGGCUGAAUUACCUGGCUGGGCAGUACCCUGCGAGCGAGCCGGCGCGGAAGAGCAUUGUGGAUGGUGUGAUGGAGUUUGUGGAGAGGCCUGUAGGGACGGUGGCAACGCAAGUGCAAGUCCAGACUCACGUAUAA